AUGAAAGCCUCCAAAGAACACAAGCAGCAAGGGCUUCAACAGAGAGGAUGCAAGGCAUUGUGCUGCAGUUGCAGGCUUAGUGUCUCUUCUUCAGAAGAAGCAGAAAGCUCCAAUUCAGAUCGAUACGCAUCAAUAUCGAGUCUAGCACACGCCAUGGUUCAAGAGAGAUUAGACCAAAUGAUCAGAGAAAGGCAGGAGACAAGGCAUAAUGUCGAAAGAAGGCGGCAAAGUAGUGAAGGGACUAAAUUCAUUGUUAUGGUAGCCAUGGAGAAGUGUUCUUACGAUCCAAGAGAAGAUUUUAGUAAGUCUAUGGUCGAGAUGAUUAAGGCGAACCGGAUUCAAGAGCCAAAGGACCUUCGCAACCUCUUGAAUUAUUAUGUAUCUAUGAAUUCAGAGGAGUAUCAUGGAAUUAUACUAGAAGUUUUCCAUGAAGUUUGCACUAAUUUGUUCUUAUGUUGUAAACGCCAUUGA